AUGAAUGACAGCCUAUUUGUUACGUUGGACAGGCUAUUGUUAGAAAUUGUUUUUCAGUAUGAGCAAGACAUAAGUGCUAAAGAAGAUAUGAUUCAAAGAAUUAAUAGAUGCUUUGAAAGUAUUAAAGAAAACAAAGCAAAUAUUUGUAAGAUACGUGAAACUAUCAAUAAAACAGAUGAGGAAAUUACUCAUUACUAUAAGCAUAGUAAGGAGAUUAAAGACAGCUGUAGCAACUGGAAGCAAACAUGUGAUGUGUUUCAUAAACAUGAAGAUUAUAUUCAGAACCAAUAUACUGUUUAUCAAGAAACCAUUGAAACAGACAAAAAAAUGUAUCAUGGUUAUGUAUGUCAGUAUAAGGAUGUUUUGAAGCAGUACCAGCUGAAAUUCUCAGAAACACAUUUUUCACAUGAAUAUUAUGAGAAGAAAAAAGAACAUGAAGAAAUUCAAAACAGAGUGUUGGCAUGUACUGAACAAUUGAAACAGAAUGAAAAUAUUUUAAUGCAAUUUUUAGUGCCUGUUCCUUUUCCAUCUCUUAUUAAAUGGACAUUACACAUAGUUAACUUGAGAUGUAAAACACAGGAUGUUCUUAAACAUGCCAACAAUUUUAUGAAAAGUUCAUUUGAAUUGAAAAAAGAAGCAGAUGAAAUGGAAAUAGAAAUUGAUUCAUUAAAAAAGCAGAUUACAAGGCUUUAUGAAAAUAAAAAAAAUUCAGAAACUCUGGAAGAAAGGAACAAAAAUAUAGAAAAGCAGAAGGAAUUGAAUGAAAGAAUUUUUGAAAAAGGUGAAGAUGUACAUGCAUUCAGCAAAAUUCCUCAAAGUAUCCAGUUGUUUCUUCCUUAUGAAUCUCAGAAAUUUAUAAGCCCAAUAAAGAUGAAUUCUUCAGAAUCAAAAGUCAUAGAUAAAAAAGAAAGUUCUUUGAAUCAGUUAAAACUUGCUAGUGUUGACUUCAGACAGAAAGAAAAUGAUAUACAAGUCUUUAAUGACUCUGAUAUGACUAACAGUUCAAAAACUUCUCAAGUUACAGCUCUUAAAAGUUCACAAAUUAUGCAAUUCAGUUUGAAACAGUCAUGCUGUAGCCAGUGGUUUGAAAAAGGACAUACAGAAUCACAGCAAGGUCAUAAGGAUACAGAUGCUGAGUAUGGAGAUGAAAGAAUAGGACAACCAAGAGAAUCAAAAUGUGCUUCACAAGCCAUAUAUAUGGAACACUUUGGAAAGUCAGUCGAAAGUAAUAGUGAUGAAGAAAGGUCUGAGAAUCUUUCAGAAACUCCUGAAAUGCCUAUAUUUUUAAAAAGUACUGAAACUAUGAAGACACCUGAACCAUUGGCAAAAAUACAGCUCCCUAAAAGCCCCUUUUUUGAAAUGAAUGCAGUACCUGAAAGUCAAAGACAAAAGGAUCCUCCUGGAUUUUCAUUUCUUACUAGUUACACUUCUAGAUCACCUGGACUGAAUUUAUUUGAUUCUUCCAUAUUUGAUUCAGAAAUCUCAUCAGAUCAGCAUAAUGAACAUUAUUCUGCAGUAAAUCUAAAUCCCCCCUCAUCACAAGAAAUUGGAAACUUAUUUGGAAAAUCAGAUGGAGAGGAUGCCUUUACAUUUGCUUUUCCAUCAGAUACUUCAACUCAUACAUUUGGAAGUGGAAAAGAUGAUUUUACUUUUCCAUUUGCUUUUGAACAGGAUCAAAGUACAGUGUCUUCCUCUUCCUUAAAAGAUUUUUCAUCAUCCUCACAAAGUAAAACACAAUUUGCUUUUCUUUGA